UGUCACUGACAGAUAAACACAGCAUCAGCACCGUCGUCUUCAAGUUUCAGAAAAUCAAAGACGUGUAUAUGACACCGUGUAACAUUUAAUAUGUCAGUAUGCACAAAGGACCUGUGAUGUUGAAGGUGACACCUGGAGAGGAGCGAAGCGCAUUCCCAUGGCCAGGAGCGCAAACAGUAAACUGGACUCUUUCCUGAAGAGAAACACCAGCCGUGAUGUGUACGAGCGGAUUCGAGCCUGUGAGCCGUGUGUGGUGGUCUCAGGGUCGGUGAAGAAGGUUUUUAUGCACGUGAUAUUGAGCGACGAGCGCGUGUACCUCAGCGAGUAUCGUCCGCGCGCGCUGCGAAAGGCGCUCAGCUUUCGAGACAUCACGAGCAUUGAGCUGAUCAACGAUUUGCCGGAUUUCCUCAGCGGACAGCAUCGUGAGCGUUCUCUGCAUAUUCGUGUUGUCCAUACUGCGAAGAAUGCUGGGAAAAAGAGCACAGAACCCAAAGGAUUCAGCCAGAAUGAGCCAGUUUGUCCACCUGCAUCACCAUUGAUUGGACUCAACUUGGGAGCCCAUCAUUCUCUGGAGGAUACAAGCAGUGUACUCCUGUCGACUCGCUCAGCCCCAUCCGAAUCCAUUGGUUCCAGAAUUUCUUCCUCAUCAAUGAGUGAUGGAGGACUGCUGGAAGAGGACAACAGCAUCAUCACAAAGAGGUGUUCAACCUCAUGUCCAAACAAGGAUUUGUUGGGCUUGAGUCUGUUUCAGCCCCCCUCUCCUGCCCUCUCCUCAGGCUCAGCGCCUCCACCCAGCAUCCCAAACCAGCAGAGAUGGGCUCCAGCUUUCAGUCGUAGAAGUUCGAGCCUGGCAAAGUUGGUGAGGAAGACUCUGGUGGAGAAAGACAAAGAGGAAGAGCAUGAGAAGGAAGAAGAGUUACACCUUUAUGCUGUGUCUCCUACCUCACGAAUAUAUCUACACCUUCAGAGCUCCUGGAGCAGUUACAUUAUAAGAUCAACACUGAUGCUUGACCCAGCGUACAGAAAGAGAUGUGGGAUGUCCUCAUCGUCUCCUGAGGAACAGAAAUAUCACAAAAUAAGCUGGGAGCGGACAUGUCACUUAUUCAGUCAGUUAAGCGGAGAGUUGCUUCAGGAGGACAUCAGUCUGGAGAGUUUAUAUUUACUCCUGCAGGAGCUCCAUACAGCCACAUACCGCAAUCCCACCAUCAAAAAACUUUUUUGGAGGUCAUCUGACCUUUAUCCUUUCCUGGUGAAAACACUGUCUGACAGCUCUCGGGCCACCCGGGAAGGAAUACACACAGUUGACAGAUUUCUCCUUUGUACAUUAGUGGUUCAGAUAUUAAGCCUGAUGUUUAGGGAAACAGAAAUUGAACCGGCCCGACUCAGCAUGCUAACAGCUAAACAGGGGGCUCUUACGGCAAACAUGCUUCUUGCCCUAGUGUGUGAUCCAGAACUUCAACUCCCAGAUUUUACUAAUGGCUCCCAAUCCUCAAAUACUACGCUGCAGGGUUUGCAGGCGGACUAUCUGGAUGCAGCAUCUGCUUUACUUUUUGAGGUUGUUAUUCUUUGUCAGGAAGCUAGUCGCAUUCCUGCUCUGGGACAUUUCCUUACGGUCAGCUGGGUGCUUCGAAUGAUUAAACCUCACCCUUUCUUGCUGCCAUUUGUUGGAUAUCAAGCCCAGCAGGUGGUUCUGCUUCUCUCAGAUGAGCAGUAUCCUGUCAGCCCUUCUCAGGCGGUUCUUCUGUACCAGCGAUGCCGUCUUCUGUUAGCUUGUCUACAGCACAGCAUCUGCCUGAGCAAGUACAUCCGGUCAACCUUUAAAGAAGAGUUCAGGUACUAUGUUAAGAUGUCAGCGCUGAAGCACAAGUUGCCCCAGCAGUACCCCAUCAGUCAACCCACCCAGCUUCUGCUUUCCCAGCUCACCAGUCUGGUUCUUCAGAAACCCUGAGCUCCCCUGUAGCUACAGCUCACAGAUCCUGACAUUUUAAAUCUGUCUAUGUUAUCGCAUCUCUCUCUCCAGUGAAUUUCUUCUGCACAUACACAGAUGCAGAGAUGUUCUGAUGUGGAAAUAUGCCUUUGAAUGACUAUGCAGCACCUUAAUGUUAAAGUCUUGUAUUGUGUCUUACCGCUUGAAACAGAAAUUGCAGGAUUACACUCUGUUAUCACCUUUUAUUGUACUCAGGGUUUUGUUAACUAGAAUAAGCGUAAGAAUGUUGGAUUUUAUGGUAUGCAAAGCCACAGAACAGGAACAUCACAACAUUUAAUAUACAAAAUUACUUGAACUAUUUAUGUUAUGUAAAUUUAUAAAAGAUGGCUGUAUAAUACACCUGUCAUCAAUUAAUUUGUAGAACAUCAAGUAUAUGCGAUUUAUCACAGUAUUUUAUAUAAGAAAUACCUAAAACAGUGUCAUAAAUUCAAACUUACAGUAACUAGUAGACACUUGUACGGAUGCACUUAUUUGGUAAUAAUGGGUCUAUAUUUGGAUAUCAUUUGUUUGCACUUUGACAAUUGUAUUUAUUUACAGGAACUCUAUGUACCUCAUGGCCUGAAAUAAAAUUUUAUUUUAAAUAUG